AUGAGACUUCCCCCUCACAACCACCAAAUGGCCUUUCAAGCAGCAAAGCGCGACUUGCGCAAAAGGAUGCGCUCGGCGCUGUCGGCGCUGUCUACAACAUCUAUUAUUCAACAAUCUACCACUGCUACAACCAAGUUCCUGUCGCUGGCUGAAUACCAGAACGCCAAAAGCAUCGCGGUAUACCUUUCCAUGCCUAGCGGAGAACUUUCUACGACAGGUAUUGUGCGCGAUGCGUUGCAGAGUGGGAAACAAGUUUACAUCCCAUACAUUUAUACUAAAGACUCGGUUUCGGUGAUGGACAUGCUUGCGCUCAGAUCCAUGACGGAAUUUGAGUCACUCCAGCCAGAUAGAUGGGGCAUCCCGUCCCUUCAAGCUACACAAAUUGAAGGUCGCCAGAAUGGGUUGGCAGAGGGCUUAGAUCUGAUUGUGAUGCCGGGCAUGGCCUUCGAUCGCGGGUUCCGACGUCUGGGUCAUGGCAAAGGAUAUUAUGAUCAUUUUUUAACGCAAUAUUCGAAACAGACCAGCAAAAUGCCAUUCCUUGUUGCCCUAUCUCUCCAAGACCAAUUGCUCUCCGAGGAGAUUCCGGUGGUGGAUCAUGACUGGCUGGUCGAUGCAAUCGUAGUCGGCGAUGGUCAAUGCUUGGAUCGCGGGGUGUGCAAAUAG